AUGCCGCCCAGAAUACCCAACUCGCACAGACUCAGCACCUCUUUCUCAGCACACAUUUCCUCAACCCAAUCCUUCCAAACACCCUUCUCCCGCCCUUCUAUACCUUCAAAACAUCUUCCUUCCUGCGCAUCCUCUCCCUUAACAAGGCCAUUCUCAUCCUCACCCUCCGCAAAAGCAAGAGCAUUUGAACCAGAACCGGAAGAUGAGGAAUCGGUAGGGCCGGGUGAAGGGUCAGCUGCAACCAAACUUCGCGUUGAAUUCUACUCUUGGCUGAAGGGAGCGGGCGCUAAUUUCAAGCACCCAAUCCCUGGUGCCACUAAUUAUCUCACUGCAUAUGAUAAGCUAGGCAAGCCCCUGAACAAGCAAUAUGAUGCGGAGUCGGGGCAGCAACAACAAGAAGAAGAAUGGCAGCAGGAGGAAGAUGACACGGUCUUGACUGGUGAUGGGCUGUUGCAGCGACAAGUGAAAUCACAUCUAAGACCCUUCCCUCUAAACCCGACCUUUGUUAGCCAGAGCGUGCUGAGCGAGGACUUGCGGAAUGAGAUAUAUCAGCAGGUCAAGGUAAAAGGGAAGGGUGUACGAGCUGUGAGUGUUCUGUUUGGGGUGGAUAUGAGACGGGUUGCGGCGGUAGUACGGCUGGUGGAGUUGGAGAAGCAAAUGAUCCGACAGGAAAAACCUUUAGCCUUACCAUAUGCCCGUGCUAUACACCAGAUGAUUCCUACCACCCCUCUUGGCAGUACCCCCGGAGAACAAGUUGCCCACGAACCCAUUAAUGACCUUCCAGUACACCGUUUAACAGACCCCCAAAUCUUCUAUCCUGUUUCAGAAUCCCGAAGCUUCACUCGAGUCGACGCUGGCAGAGUAUUCUCUGCUGCGCCGGCCUUAUUACGCUCCGAAGAGGGUGCCGAGUUCAAUACCCCAGAAGCAAUAGCCGCGAUAACACAAAACCCCAAAGCCAUCGAAAAAGUAGGCGAGGGCGCUCACCAAGAGCAAGUUCUUCAACCUGCUGACGUGCGCAUUCCCCACCCUCACCUCGUCUCAUUCGAACACGAUCACAUGACACUGAAGGGCGAAUCGAGGCAGCGUAACCAGCGGUUCCUCGAUCGCCUGGAUGCUGAGGAAGCUGCAGAAGCUAAAGACAGGAAGGCCGCAAAGCAAAAGAGGGAAGCUCGCAUCGAGCGCGUUCAGCCUGCCAAUAGCCGAUUUGAGUAUAGAUUUGAAUCCGCUAUGGUAACCCGCGAGAACACCGGCAAGGAGUGUCGGGGCCGGCCUGCACCUGGUUAUCGAUAUGGUGUGCCUAGUAAUGCUAGGAAGAGAGGCGUGGUUAAGAUUCCUACGAAAGUGGAAGUUUAA